AUGCCGCCCGCCUCUUCCAUCGGCAGCAGCAGGCGCAAGCUCGGCCAGCCCACCGUCUGCCUCGAAUGCUACCUCCGCAAGGUCAAGUGCGAUCGAAAGCGACCAUGCUCCACCUGCGUGCGCAGGGGCACCGAGCACCUCUGCAAGACCUUCAACACCAGCGAGCUCGAUCCUGAAACCUUGCAAAAGAAACAGGCCAGGCGCUCGAUGGCCGAGAUCAACGCCAUGCUCGAUGCAACCACCGACGAUGCCAGCGAAGACACCGAUCCGCAGCAGCCGCCAGAGCCCAGCGAGACAUCCGAACAUCCCAUGAUGGCCUUCAUCAACCUCAUGCUCAAGGACCUCAACACCAACGACGACGCAUCCAUCAGCAACCACGCUUCACCCGACUCGGCCUCGCCCAGAUCGAGCUCGCUGCUCCCCUCCAGAGCCGUGGUCUCGCAGUACCAGCAGAAGCCAUGCUCGAUCAAGAUGCUCGAGUUCUGCUCCAUUCUGCCGGACUGGUACCACCUGCAGGCUCUCCUCCGAAGCUACCUCUGGAACGUCGAUUGGAAGUUCCUCAUCACCUGCCAGGACUCGCUCGAGACGCAGAUGCACGACCUCUGGCUCCGCGUCAUUUCUCCCGCCAAGAGCUGCGAUCCCUACGCCGAGUCUACGCAUUCGACAGCCGCCAUCGCGUUCCAGCCGGGAGACCUCUCGCGUCUGGCUUUGCUUGCCAGCGUGCUCGGAGAGACGAUCGAGUCGAUGGAUCCAGACGCCAUCGCUCAAAGCAUGCCUGCCUCGCGUCCCGGCGUCGCUGUCGCAGCGCCCAUCAAGCUCGAGGCCGACGCAAAUGCUCGUGUCCGUGCGCUUUUGAUUCUGACCUACCACGUGCCCGCGCUCAUCGAGGAGUGCGUGCGUCUCGACGAGAUGACGAUCGACCUGGUGCAGGCCAACCUCUCGGCGUUCUCGCUCUGGUCGAAUCAAGGCCUGCAUGGCACCGGCUCCACCGAGUUUCCGCGCUGGAACGUCACCAUCCGAGCCGCCAAGCGGUGCAAUCUGUUCGAGGAUCCCGGCAGCAACGCCAGCUACACGCAGCCGCAGCUGGACCAUCGCAGGAGGCUCGCAUGGCUCGUCUACGGCUACGACCACGCCUUUGCCGUCGGCGCCAACACGCGUCCGCUCAUCGUCGAGUCGCAGUUCAGCGUGGACCAGCCGAGCGAUGCUGCGCCGUGGUCUGCGUGCGGUGCGCCGCCCGAUGCGUGCCUCGCCAUGCUCGAGGUGCAGGGCGGCAAGAUCGCCGAGCUCGUCUCGAGCACGCUCUGCUACGGGCCGCCGCUGCAUCGCAAGGCCAUGGAGACCGACAGCAAGAUCAUGGGCAUGAUGGCGCAGCUGCAUCCGUCGUACAUGUGGGACAACCCGGAUGUGUCGUUUGACCAGCUCGACCCGUUCCGAGCGCGUCGCAGGUGCUGGUUGCAGCUCACCACCGCCUGGCAGAGGGGCUCGCUGCACCGGCAGUUCUUCUUUCCCAACGGCCGCAUCACCAACGGCGAGCUGGCCACCAGCCGCCACAUCGCGACCGACAGCGCGCUGCGCUCGAUCAAUGCGGUGCGCGAACUGCGCAAGAUGCAGAACCGCUUUUCGGACCACAUGGGCUCCGCCUGGUGGUUCCAGUACCUCACCGAGCCCAGCAUGACGCUCGCCACGGCCGCGCUGCUUCUCAUCCGCAGCAGAGGACAGGGUGUGCCCGGACUGGCGAAUGAGGCGAGUUGCUGGCCGACCAUGAUGCACUUUUCCAAGAUGAUCGACCUGUGCGUCGAGGAUCUGGCGGCGUCGAUGCAGAAUUCGGCCGCUUGUCUGCCGUCGUUCCUGACGUUUGGACAGGGCUGUUUGAAGCUGAUCGAGCAGCUGAGGGGCGCGAUCCAGACGAGCUUUGACGCGUUUGUCAAGUCGCAGCCCGACCUGGCGCGGGUGGAGAAUCUCAGGAUCGACGAAAAGAUCAUUGCGCUCCUGCAUCCACGGUCGAGGCAGAAGAGUCCGAGCGGCGCAACGCCCGGUGCGACGGCGCACAGUCGCGAACCAAGCACCAGCGGCGUGACCGCGGCCAAGGGCGUUAAGCGCGCGGGCGAUGCUUCGGCGAGAGGUGCUUUGUCGUCGCGCAACAGAGUGGGAGGAAGUGGUCAGGAGCAGCGCGCCGAGUCGAGGUCCAUCUCUCCACGCUCGUCGCUGGCGGUUCCGGCGUUUGCGGGGGUGGGGGCGUCGAACCUCAUGGCUGGGUAUGGGAGCGCAGUGGGGCCGCAGCUGUCGUCGCCGGACCACGAGGUGCCUUCGGGCGAGCUGAGUUUGUCGUUUGCGCCGAGCAUGUCGGCGAUGGCGCCGGCUGCGGUGGCGGCACCGCACUUUGGCGUGCCGGCUCCUGUGCCCGAGGGACAGUUGCUGUCGCCUGCGGAGCCGUUUGCGCUGCGUGAGUUUUAUACCGACGACGGCGUACAGCGCGCCACGUCCGACUGGCUCACCUCGAUCCACAUGAGCGCCAUGCUUCCCCAGCCUCCCACAUCGUAA